ACGUGUAUUCUGCCGUCGCCCCGGUCUUAUAGGUUAUGUCGCGUCGAGUCCGCGCGACGGUAUCGACGGGCAACGUUAAUUGCGCGCAUUAAUCACGAUCGCGUCCAGAGGCGACGCGUGAUUCUACAGGGAGAUCGAGAGGGGAGGGACGUCGUCCGCGACUUUCGUCCUCCGUCGGGGAAAGAUCGGCGUGGGUUCACCCUUGAACGUUUCGCGUACUACUCGGCGAGAUACCACCGUUUGUCGGUAAUUAGCAGCAAGAGGCCCAGACCGAAGAGGAUCAUCCUCGCCCUUGGUCCGCACGGCGAGCGUGCUCGAAGGAAAGAAGAGAGGAACGGAGUGAAAACAGAGACACGAGAGAAAAGACGCAACUGCACGAGAUGUCAGCGUCUCCCAUCGCCAGACAGGCCACGCAGAGCCAGAGCAUACCAUCCAAGAGGGUCGUCAUUCACGAUCCCAACCAGCUACCGGCCGACUAUUCGUCCACUCCCGGAGGCACGCUCUAUUCCACGACGCCGGGAGGUACUCGCAUCGUAUACGAACGUGCGUUUCUAAUGAACCUGCGGAACUCGCCGAUAUCGCGAACACCGCCGCGAAACACGCUGACCAUACCGUCGGAAUUGUUGAAGGGCAACACACCAGCCAUCACCAGGGAUCCCGCCAAAAAUCUUAACAAAGACGCUCUGGUGAUCGAGGAGUCCGCUGAGCAGUUCGAAAUGGAUAUGUGAAGAAUAUUCGAUCCACCAUCGUUUACGCGACGAUCGAAAUGUGUUCGUAGCCAUGUCCGAGGAAAUUGUCAAUCAAUCAGUCCUUUGACAAUUGCACAUGGCUAACGCACUUCAAUUCUGUGCCUUUUUACCAGUGGUCUUAUUAUUAAGAAUUGAAUAUGAAUCUUUAAAAGAUGUUCUCUUUGGACGUGGAAGGCCAUAUCUUAUUCAUAUAUAUUAUAUACAAAUUCAUUUAAUUCUUGACGCUAGUUCUUGACCAAUAUAAUACGUAUAUUUGCAUAUAAAGAACGGCCAUGGAUGUGAAGGUGCUUAUGUCCAUGUGGCAUUGAGCAUUACAUGUCUUCCUUUUAAAAAUGGCCAAUGCGACGCUUUGUAAUCUAUUUCAUAAGGGACUUGUGUGUAUCUGUGAAUAAAUGAUACAUACGUUUUAUA